AUGAUCUCGAACUCAAUCACGACCAAAUCUUCUUUGCGAUCACAUUACGCGUCAUGCUUUACAGAUGUGAUCACUGUGCUCGGAUACAAAAUGCAGCAGCAGCUGCGGCUGUUGCUUGCGUUUUGUACUACUGACACCGUACUGCGGCCAGUAUGGGCGAUACCUCCGCUGGUAGGGAGUACCACUGGUGGCGCAGGUUCCACCCUCUCGCCUGUUCUCGAGGGUUCGCAAUGCGGCGGAACGGGGGUAGACGUUGCGCAAUUCUUGGUGGAGCAGCUGCACCAGAAAGGAUCAUUUGGGUCGACGUCCGGUAGCUUUUCCAUUGGGACGAAGAGCGCUGGAGAUGUUUCGUUUUUCUCAACGAAGCUGCAUGAAGAAGACCCUGAUCGUAUCCAGCAUGUCCGCAUUUUUUUUGGCGCAGCGGAGUGCGCGCGGUACGAGGAACCUAGAAGUACAACUACCUCACCGACAGAAAUAGACGGCAAUGUUGCACGGGCGCUACAAUCGAUAGGCCGACAUAUCCUGAGGAAAUGUGUCGAAACACCCCCCCUGCGACAGGCGAAGCCACAACUUCGCUCUUUGCAGUCUUUGCCUAGGAAGGUGAAAGUACCGAUCACGCUAGUAAGUGAGGAAGGAUCAUCAUCUGAGGACACUCCUGCGGCUUCCACAAUAAACACCAGUACCCGACUCAUUGGCUACUUCAUCUACAGCCGGGACAAGACACCGCUAAUCGAAAAAGUGUGGCCGAACACGAUUGUGGGCGACGAUUUGAUCCAGAUUCACGGGCAGCGGCUGGAAAAAGCGGUGGCGUUUUUGCGAACAACUACACCUGGCAGAAGUGGGUCGUCCUCGUCGAUAAAGACUCCCUGCAUCGAGGUUCACAAACUGGAGCAAAUCGAGAACCAGCAAGCAGGCUCCUGGGGUGGUGCGGGUAGUAGUGUAACUACAGCGAUUCCUGGAGGUGAUGAAGGAGAUGUUGAGAGGACCUUUAGUAAUACGGAAUGGGGCGGCGCUUCCUUCCUCCCCCGUCGCUCAAGCUUAGCUCUGGAAUGCCGCUUGCUGAGCACAAGCACAACGCUGCUUGGCGGUGUCGAUCCCUCGUUAGAAACAACCACCACGACAACAUUUUCCGCGCCGAAUAAGAACAACCUUCCAGCUGCAAGGACGCAGGGAGAUGAAUAUCAACAUGCAACCCCGACCGCCAGCGAGUUAGAAGUCUUCGACCCGGACUUCGGCCGGGCGUGUUUGAUCGAGGGGGAACGUGAUGAAAUCACAUUACUGCAUGAUUUGCGGCUGCAGUUUGUGCACAAAAUGCAGGAAGUAGUGCAGGAGCCGAUCGGAAUCAAAACGAAACGGUUGGCGGCACGGAUUGCGAGCAGGGGCAGCGGCGCGGCCUCGCCGAUGUCCGCUGGUGACCCGCGUCAACUUGGCGUGUCUCAACCUACGAAGAUUUUUCCGCACCUUGUUCGACCCCACAACGACCUUCAUGAAGUUAAGAGUCCCCCGUUAUCAAACUUGAACCUGCUUUCCGAUUUCCAAGACGAAGCGACGCAAGGUAGAAGUACGGCUGGUACAACCGCCACAAAUCUCCCCUCCGGCUCUUUCGCGGGCGGAAAUUUCCUGAGACUCGUCGGCCAGGGCUUUCAAUCGGAUGACGUGGUGGAAAUUUGCGGCCGCGUGUGUGAAACGAAGAAGACAGGAAUGAAUAGUGCGCUGACGAGUGAGUUUCUCAACGUGAACUUCCUGAGCAAUAACAUCGUUCAAGAAGACUCGGAAUUGCACAAUGGUAUCACCUCGUUUCAGUCGCGGGUGUGCGAAACGCCGGAAAUGGAUCUCGGAUUGACUAGUUCAUCUUCCGGGGGCGGUGGUGUUGUUGGCAGCGGAAUCUUGGGAUUCAGUGGAAGUACAACUACCGCAGGAUUUGGAUCAAUUCCAAGUUCAACAUUCAGCACAGCCGCCGUUUCCACGCAUUUUUCAGGAAGUGUUGCAGCUGCAGCUGCUACACUACCUGGAUCAUCAACUUCUAUGGAUUUGACGCAUUCUCCUGGUCCAACAGCACAAUCGACGCAGCAGAUAAAAACUCUCGCAAAAACUACUUCUAUUUCCGACAUGCCAUUCCCUGAUGCAAAAACCUGCGACAUCGUGGUGAAACGCGCUGCGACGACGUCGACAGCUGCUCCGCUGCUCCCCGUCGCAGUUCUGAAAAACCAAUUCGAGUACAAGAGCUCUCUUACGCCGAUGCUGACGGAAAUGCAGAGGAUUUCCAACUCGACACUACGAAUCAAAGGGGACGCGAAGAAGCUCACCGGGGAUUUUACUCGCGUUUUCUGGAAUGGUGUGGAGUGCGACAAUGUCGCGAAAGAGGAGGAUGGGUUGGAAGAAGAAGUAGAAGAUGACACGACCGCGAAUCAUGUCGACGCUGCGGUUUCUUUUCUGCAGAGGACUUCGCUGAAAAAAGGCGCUACUGCGAAGAGCAAGAAGCACAAAACGGAGAAGCGCAAUCAAGAAGAAAGCCAGGCGAAAAAGAAUAGAAGAAUCAAGCACCACCAUAGCCACAAAAAGUCUUCGCACAAAAUGAAUCACCGUGGAGGGCCGCAGAAUCAUUCAUCAAAAAUGAAGCAUAAACAUUCCAUCGGCCGCAUUCUAGCGCGGAAAUUCGCUGCUCGACUCUUCCGGAAAAAGCUCCAGACCCGGUUUCUCAGCGCAUUUGAAGCUCUCGUGUCGGACGUGCAGCGAGAGAAGAACCAUGCUGGUGCGGAGUUGGAAGAGGCAAAUGAAGAUCUCCAAGAUGAUCAUCGUCGUGACAGAAGACUGCAGGAAAGGUUGAAGCGACUUUUGAAAAAGCGAACGCGGCGAGGACGAGCGCAUCAUCACCACGGUCAUGCACAGAAGAAGAAGCAUAGUACUACACACGGCACUGACGAAGACGAAAUCCCAGCCGGCUCAGCGGAUGAAACAAGUUCUGGGUCUACCAGGAUAAACGCCCGAUACGUGGUUGUUAAGAAAAGCAAAAGUAGAACACCGAUAGAAGCAGGAUCCUCUUCAUCUUCCCGCCCAUCGCAUGGAAGAACCAGGAGAAGAAAGCAUAGAAAAAGGAAAAAUAAGGACCAAGUGGAAAUUUUCGUCACCUGCCAGGACAUGUUCGCACCGGCGGGUAAGGUGCGGGUGUACGAACCCACAAUCGGCUACGCGUUCGACGGAGUACCAAACAUGAGCGUCUUUCCAGAGGCGUUUCAUGAGAAAGAGCAGCCGAAAAAAAGGCCGGCGUUUCUCCCGUCCUCGACUUCUGCGAGUGGCAACGAGGCAGGAAGAACAACGUACGAUCCGUUAAAAUCCUAUGCGGGGGAAAGGUGCGAAGUGGCGGAGUCGGAUUGCCCGCCCGGCUGGGCCUGUUGCGAGUUGGAAGAGGGGGAGAGCCUGUUGCGGGCAGGUAGGAGUGUCACGAAGCACUGUGCACCGAGUUGUGUUUGAUAGUAUGAAUUCUUUUGCGGGUCGAUGCAGAGUGACGAGUCGAGCUCAUGUUUUUUCCCAGCGCGCACUGCAAUCUGCAGCGCGUUGAUAGGUGUUUCUCGUACUGGCUCUCGAAAAUUGUUGCUGCGAGUUGUAGUGACGCGGAACAAUCGUAGUUCUCGCAGUGUCCAUCAAUGCUUUCAACGUUGUUGUACAGUCGCCGGUCCUAAAGCCAC